GCCUGAGCGGGGUUUUAAUGUGGCCACUUGUUUAUUCGACAGUUAUAGCAAAAUUGAUUUUCUGCGCUUAAACUUUACUCGGUGCGUCUUGUCAUCUAAAAUAGGAUCCCAUUUGCCCCCACUUUAGUUUAUCCUCCGCCCAUCUCUCUCUCUCGCUCUCUCUCUCUCUUACACACACACACAACUCUUGUCUCUUUUUGUUAAUAAAACUCCCGUGUCUCUCCGGUACCCCCUCUCUCUCUCUCUCUCCCUCUCACCGUUCAUUUCGAAGGGCAUAUAGUCUGUUGUCUCCCGUCUUGAACUGAACAAAGGACGACAACUUGAUCCAGAAACAUGUUGUGGAAAUCACGGACCAAGUCAGAACCUUACUGCUUACAGGACCGUGCGGACGGACUGUCCAGCUCUUCUCCGAGCGGGCGACUCUCUCAUCUGUCUUCGCUGAACCAGGCAGCGUAUUCUUCGGCUCCCCCUCUCUGCCACACUCCUGCGUCCGACUUCCAGCCGCCCUACUUUCCACCUCCAUACCCUCAGUCCUCACUGUCUUAUUCCCAGAGUCAAGACACCGGAUACCCGCAUUUACCGGACCCCUAUCCGUCCAUCAACUCCCUCCAUCAGCACCAACAGGCAGCGUGGCACUCCCAGCGCUCUCGCUCAGAGGACGCGGGGCUUCUGUCGCAGUCACACCGCGCUUUGAGCUUAGAUCCGCGGCGGGAGUAUCCGGGCGUUCCGCGGUUGCUCCAUCAUGGACUGGGUGAAGGAGCAGCGGCACUCGGUGAAGGUCCUCUGGGAAUGCACGCGGUUGGUCAUCACGGUCUGGAUGACAUUCAGGGUAUGGAGGAGGCAUCCGCUUUGGGGAUCCUGGACCAUUCUGUUAUCAAGAAAGUUCCAGUCCCAUCAAAGCUAAACGGCUCAAUGGUCUCUGCCUUGUCCCUCACUAAAGAAGGCCUGGGCCUGGGCGGUGUGUCCAACCCCGCAGAGGUUUUCUGUUCUGUCCCAGGACGCUUGUCGCUCCUCAGCUCCACAUCUAAAUAUAAGGUCACAGUUGGAGAGGUGCAGAGACGCCUGGCCCCACCUGAGUGCCUCAACGCCUCGCUGCUUGGAGGAGUCUUGCGCAGAGCCAAGUCAAAAAAUGGAGGCCGCUGUUUACGAGAACGUCUGGAGAAGAUCGGCCUCAACCUUCCUGCUGGUCGGCGAAAGGCAGCCAACGUCACACUCCUCACAGCGCUGGUGGAAGGUGAGGCGGUUCAUCUGGCACGGGACUUUGGGUAUGUGUGUGAGACUGAGUUCCCCGCCCGGGCCACCGCAGAGUAUCUGUGCAGACAAAGUGACCCAGAUCAGCUGCCCACACGACGUAGUAUGCUGCUGGCCACCAAGGAGAUUUGCAAGGAGUUUUUGGACCUGAUGUCGCAGGACAGGUCGCCGUUGGGUGCAAGUCGCCCCACCCCCUGCCUGGAGCCCGGGGUGCAAAACAACCUGACCCACUUCAGCCUCCUCACCCACGGUUUCGGCACACCCGCCAUUUGUGCCGCCCUGUCAGCCUUCCAGAGUUACUUGCUAGAGGCCCUAAAACUGCUGGAUAAAGGAGAGGGAGGAGGAAAAAUCCACCAUGACAAGGAACUCAAGCACCGCAAAUGAACAAUCUGGAGAGAGACACUACCUCCCUCACUUUUAGGAGCGUAUGAGUGUAUUUAAGUGUACGAAUGUGUGCGUUACCCCACCAUUUUGCGCCUGUACGAACUGGUUGCAUUCAUCUCUGAUGAAAUCCAAGGUCUCCAGAGAAAACAGAAAUGCCUCCAUACUUCCUGCUGAAUACGGACCACAAACUCCCUCUGGAUCCCCAUGACUGACUAAUACAGGGCCCUUGUCAGUGUUCUCUGGAGAUCGGGCCCCUAAACCAAUCGAAUGACACAAAAGAUGGCACGGACAAUGAAGGAUGGCAGUGUACAAGUAAUUAGGUAUUGAUAAAUGAAUUUGAAAUAUCAUUUUGUACUCCAUGUUGUAUGUUUAUUAUCAAUAUUACUGUUAUUCGUAUUGCCGUAUUACAAUGUAAAUGUAAUAUAUUAUUAAACCAACAACUGAAUUCAACCGCUUGAUGCUGAGAAUGACUUCCUGAUGAGGAAAAAAACGUUUUAUUCAUAACUAGCAGGUUUUUGCUUUGCAUAAAUGGACUUGUUGACAAGGUACAAAUCUGGCGUGAUUGCAAAAUUAGCGUGAUACAAACUGAACACCCAGAGGGAUGCUUGAAAUUUCUAGCCCCAUUUGCUAAAGGCAAGGGCGACAUUAACCCGAACCGAAACCUCAAUGUGACACGGUGGAAAAUCCGUCAGAAUUACCUCGGAGAUAAAACAGUCCUGACCACUAACCCCCGGGGGCUCGGCAACCACAACAGUCGCCGAACGCAGCUAAACAGUUGCUAGGCUCUUCUCUUCCUCCGCUUCUGUCUCCUCUCACCCCAGCUGUCACUCUACCUUUCCUCGUCUGCUCAAGGGCCUCCAUCUCCGAACCUGCCCCCCUGCCGACUCACUCACACGAGCGCACACACAUACCCAUCCUGAGUGUCAAUUCCCAGCUUCCCCGUGACCCCCUCCCUCCCCUCGUCUCUCUGACACUCAGCAGGGCUGCUCUGCAUUUCUCUCUGCCUGCAGGCGAACAUAUGCUGCUCGUCCCUUUAGAUUCCGGUGUGUUCAGGAGAGAGGGAUUGUUUAAUGUUUAUUAAUCACCUGUCUGUGCAGGAGAGAGAGCUCGUGCGAGUGCAAAAAAAACACUUGUGUACAAAGCAGUGAGGAAACAGGUACACAUCCAAAGAUAGCAUAAGGGCACGCC